ACUGACGGCGGCCGGUUAGUGGUGGUGUUUAGUUUUUUCCCCCCUCGAGCUCAGUGGUACUGCAGACAAGAAGCCAGUUCAUCACUUUAUCACAAAGUAAUUCGCUUCAUACAUGUGUGGACACUACUGACGUUUUUAACACACAACAAAGAGACAACAGCCAGAGCAAUUUCAUGACAAAGGACACUGACAGAAGAUGUGUGCUGCUGUGUAUGUCCUGUCAACGGUAACGGGCUAUGUGCUCACGUCUGCCCUGCUGCUAAAAUGCCCUAAUCUUCUGUAUCGAAAGAAGCGAGAGACUUUCCUCAGCAAGCACAUUUCCCAUCGUGGAGGCGCAGGUGAAAAUCUGGAAAACACCAUGGCAGCUUUCAAGCACGCUGUGGAUAUUGGAACAGAUAUGCUUGAGCUGGACUGCCACCUGACAAAAGAUGAACAGGUAGUGGUUUCACAUGAUACCAACUUACAGCGGGCCUGUGGCAUCAACGCCAACAUCUCUGACAUGACCUAUGCUGAACUCCCUCCAUACUUCUGCAGGCUGGGUGUAACCUUUCAGCGAGAGUGCUUCUGCGAGGGAGGAGAGGACAAACGCAUCCCUCUCCUCAGGGACGUUUUUGAUGCAUUUCCUAAUACCCCUGUCAACAUUGACAUCAAGGUUAACAAUGACACGCUUAUCAAGAAGGUCUCUGAGCUGAUCGUUAAGUAUGACAGAGAACAUCUGACUGUCUGGGGCAACUCCAGCAACCAGAUUGUGAAAAAGUGUUACAGAGAGAACCCUCAUAUUCCAGUGCUGUUCAGCUUUCCCAGAGUAUUGCAGCUGUUAGGCCUCUUCUACACCGGCCUCCUACCCUUUGUUCCAAUCAAGGAGCAGUUCCUGGAGAUCCCCAUGCCUUCCAUUAUAACUAAACUGGAAGAUCCUAACAGGUUAACUAGAAGUCGGCGAUUUAUUGCCUGGCUGGCAGACACUCUGCUGAUGAGGAAGGCUCUUUUUGACCAUUUAACUGCCCGGGGAAUUCAGGUCUACAUUUGGGUGCUGAAUGAUGAGGAGGACUUCCAGAGGGCGUUUGAUUUGGGGGCCACAGGAGUUAUGACAGAUUUUCCCACCAAGCUUAAAGACUUCAUGGACAGGAACGGCCUUUCCAAAGCGGAGUGACCUGCCAAAAUCUACCUCACCCCACCUCUCACCACUGAUUAUCCUUCAGGGCAACUGAACCUGCCAGACCACUACCACCCUCCACCCCCACCCCACAUGCACCCACUUUUACUGCAGGCAUUCCAGCACAGCUACGCACACACUGUGUUUUACAGUCUGUAGGGACUCUAACAUGUUCUGUAUCCAGCACAAGUAUUAGGAACCAGUUGCUGUACAUGCAGUGGUAGCACAUACUCCUCUUUUUUUUUUAUUGCUCGUACCAAACAGCGUGGUUCUAUAGCCGACUGAUAUUGGCCCCGUCACAGAGACAGUAUAUUGCCAUUGGCUUAAAGAUUAUUAUUAUUAUUAUUGCAGAUAAAGGCUCUAGCUGCAUUGUUUACAGUCUUCUCAACAUUGUCUGGAGCACAUGUAGCAGAGUAGCUCAGCAGAUGGUGGUGCAGUCAAGUGAAGUCUUCACCAUAAGUUGGUAAGUUGUUAGUAAAAUACUCUGCUAGAAAGUUAAUAAAGAAUAACUCCAUUAUAACUCAAAUAUACUGCAUGUAUUUACAGUAUUUUGUAUUUCACCUAAUAUCACACACUUAUUUAAAACCACUCUUUUUCUUAAUGUUUUCUGUAAAGGUUUACUUACGCAUACUUAAGCCUUUUUUGAUGCAUUUGAGUUACAGUUCGUAGUAUUACUGCGUCAUAUUAUGGCUAAUGUGCAAACACCAGCAGAUGCAGCUUGAUGGUGUCAUGUUAAUUUUCAGCGUGUUUAAUGUAUGAGUAUUUUUGCAGACUCACUGUCAUUUGCCACAAGCAAUAAUUCUUGUCUAAGCAGUGGUGAGACAUUUUUUUUUUUAUGUGUGCUAAAUGCUGCCAAACAAAAAUUCUCUAUUACAUUAAAUAUUAUUUUGAAAGACGAGCUGAGGGACAGUCAUUUGAGCUGUAAAAACCACUGUGCUGUAUGCUGUACUUCAUGUUUAUGUUGUUGGUUAGUUUCUAGAGUUUUCUUCUUUAAUCAGAUGAAAUGAUUGGGGCAUAGAUUGCCUGAUUUAUGAGAAGUUUUGCGCAAAAUAUGAAAAUUAUAUCGGGUUUCUUUUAGUACUUUCUACUACCUGUGACAGUGCAAUUGCAAUCAGAAUUAAACUUUAUAUGAGAUGUGUGCAUAUUUAAAAUAUUUUAUAGCCCAAUAUAGGCGCUGGAUGCAGGAUGAUCACUUCACUGCACUCACUUAAAAUUCAAAUUAUCGAAAGUAGAUUUCGAGUUUGAAAUAUCCUUGGGAUUAUGAUACCCAGUGGUAUUCUCUAAUCUAAUGAAUGUAGUUUGGGCUGAAUGUACUGUAUGUUGUUUAGGAUUUUUAUGAUAUUCAGUUUGUUGUGGGGCAUUUUAAAUUAUUGAUAUCUGAUAUUUUACUUCUAACAAAAAAUUCAUCCAGAUUUCUUUAAGAGACUUGAUCUACCAAAUAUUCUGAUUAUAUUACUCGUGGUGUUCUGAGUGUGCUUUUAUUUUGCAUGUUUAAAGCUGUCAUGUGUGUUGAGCUGAACUUGUUUGGGUUCAUCCUACGUGAAUUAUUACAUUUGAUUUACCGAGAGAUUAUUUUAAAAACUCUUUGUUAAAAUCUUUAUCAAUAAACUGUA